AUGUCUAUUCUGUCACGAUCCAUACUCGGCGCCCUCGCCGCCACCACGACCGUCCUUGCUCACAGCCACGUGAAUAAUCUCGUGAUAGACGGAGUAUGGUGGCAAGGCUAUGACCCGACAGUUGAUCCAUAUCUGGCUGAUCCUCCCAUCGUUGUGGGCUGGACAGCUGAUGACACUGAUAAUGGCUUCGUCGCACCAGAUGCUUAUCAGACUGGAGACAUCAUCUGCCAUAAGAACGCGACACCUGCGGGCGGCCACGCAACCGUGGUAGCAGGCCAAUCCAUCUCUAUCCAGUGGGCGAUUCCCUGGCCCGACAGCCACAAGGGCCCCUACUUGGACUAUCUGGCUGCAUGUAACGGUGAUUGUGAGACAGUCGACAAGACAACGCUCGAGUUUUUCAAGAUAGACCAGGUGGGCUACAUCAACGGCUCCGACCCGGGCAUCUGGGGCGACGACGUGUUCAUCAACAACAACAGCACCUGGCUCGUGCAGAUCCCUGAGGACCUCCUCCCUGGAAACUACGUCCUACGGACUGAGAUCAUCGCCUUGCACAGCGCCGAGACCGAGGAUGGCGCGCAGAACUAUCCGCAGUGCUUCAACCUUGCCGUCUCGGGGACGGGCACCUUGCUGCCGAGCGGAACCUACGGAACCGAUCUAUACCACGAGACAGACCCUGGUAUCCUCUACAACAUUUACGUCACGUCCGAGAACUACACCAUCCCGGGUCCAACACUGUACAGCGGCUUCCCCAGCUCUGUAGAGCAGACGAGCUCGACUGCCACCGUCACUAGCUCUGCCAUUACGCCUGGCGCCGCGAGUACCAGCGCCUCCUCAGUCGCGAGCACCACUUCGACCACGCUGGUCACCACCACCACCGCGCCUGCUGUGACCACGUCGGCUACCUCGGCGGCCACCGGCGGGCAGAGCCUCUAUGGGCAGUGUGGGGGUAGUGGCUGGACGGGGCCUACCAUCUGUGCGAGUGGCACCUGCACCACGGAGAAUGCUUACUACGCUCAGUGCCUUUGA